AUGGAAGAGGUGAAGGUCCCUAUGAAGUUCCUCCCGGUCCAGAUGGGACGGCCAUGGGACGAAGGAGAGCCCCCUCUCCAAAGAGUGUGGUCCACAGAGGAGGGCGUGGGCCACCACAGAGGAGGGCGUGGGCUCCAGAGGAGGGCGUGGGCCCCAGAGGAGGGCGUGGGCCACCACAGAGGAGGGCGUGGGCCACCACAGAGGAGGGCGUGGGCUCCAGAGGAGGGCGUGGGCCACGACAGAGGAGGGCGUGGGCCACCACAGAGGAGGGCGUGGGCCACGACAGAGGAGGGCGUGGGCCACCACAGAGGAGGGUGUGUGCCACAGAGGAGGGCGUGGGCCACAGAGGAGGGCGUGGGCCACCACAGAGGAGGGCGUGGGCCCCAGAGGAGGGCGUGGGCCACAGAGGAGGGCGUGGGCCACCACAGAGGAGGGCGUGGGCCCCAGAGGAGGGCGUGGGCCACCACAGAGGAGGGCGUGGGCCCUAGAGGAGGGCGUGGGCCACAGAGGAGGAGGAGGGUGUGGGCCCUAGAGGAGGGCGUGGGCCACAGAGGAGGGCGUGGGCCACCACAGAGGAGGGUGUGGGCCCUAGAGGAGGGCGUGGGCCACAGAGGAGGGUGUGGGCCACCACAGAGGAGGGCGUGGGCCCCAGAGGAGGGCGUGGGCCACCACAGAGGAGGGCGUGGGCCACAAAGGAGGGUGUGGGCCACAGAGGAGGGCGUGGGCCACCACAGAGGAGGGCGUGGGCCCCAGAGGAGGGCGUGGGCCACCACAGAGGAGGGCGUGGGCCACCACAGAGGAGGGCGUGGGCCAAAGAGGAGGGCGUGGGCCACAGAGGAGGGCGUGGGCCACAGAGGAGGACGUGGGCCACCACAGAGGAGGGCGUGGGCCACCACAGAGGAGGGCGUGGGCCACAGAGGAGGGCGUGGGCCACAGAGGAGGACGUGGGCCACCACAGAGGAGGGCGUGGGCCACAGAGGAGGGCGUGGGCCACCACAGAGGAGGGCGUGGGCCACCACAGAGGAGGGCGUGGGCCACCACAGAGGAGGGCGUGGGCCACCACAGAGGAGGGCGUGGGCCACAGAGGAGGGCGUGGGCCACAGAGGAGGACGUGGGCCACAGAGGAGGGCGUGGGCCACAGAGGAGGGCGUGGGCCACAGAGGAGGGCGUGGUCCACAGAGGAGGGCGUGGGCCACCACAGAGGAGGGCGUGGGCCACCACAGAGGAGGGCAUGGGCCACCACAGAGGAGGGCGUGGUCCACAGAGGAGGGCGUGGGCCACAAAGGAGGGCGUGGGCCACAGAGGAGGGCGUGGGCUCCAGAGGAGGGCGUGGGCCACCACAGAGCAGGGCGUGGGCCACAAAGGAGGGCGUGGGCCACAGAGGAGGGCGUGGGCCACCACAGAGGAGGGCGUGGGCCCCAGAGGAGGGCGUGGGCCACCACAGAGGAGGGCGUGGGCCACCACAGAGGAGGGCGUGGGCCAAAGAGGAGGGCGUGGGCCACAGAGGAGGGCGUGGGCCACAGAGGAGGACGUGGGCCACCACAGAGGAGGGCGUGGGCCACCACAGAGGAGGGCGUGGGCCACAGAGGAGGACGUGGGCCACCACAGAGGAGGGCGUGGGCCACAGAGGAGGGCGUGGGCCACCACAGAGGAGGGCGUGGGCCACCACAGAGGAGGGCGUGGGCCACAGAGGAGGGCGUGGGCCACAGAGGAGGACGUGGGCCACCACAGAGGAGGACGUGGGCCACAGAGGAGGGCGUGGGCCACAGAGGAGGGCGUGGGCCACAGAGGAGGGCGUGGUCCACAGAGGAGGGCGUGGGCCACCACAGAGGAGGGCGUGGGCCACCACAGAGGAGGGCAUGGGCCACAAAGGAGGGCGUGGGCCACAGAGGAGGGCGUGGGCUCCAGAGGAGGGCGUGGGCCACCACAGAGCAGGGCGUGGGCCACAGAGGAGGGUGUGGGCCACCACAGAGGAGGGUGUGGGUCACCACAGAGGAGGGCGUGGGCCACCACAGAGGAGGGCGUGGGCCCCAGAGAGGAGGGCGUGGGCCACCACAGAGGAGGGCGUGGGCCACCACAGAGGAGGGCGUGGGCUCCAGAGGAGGGCGUGGGCCCCAGAGGAGGGCGUGGGCCACCACAGAGGAGGGCGUGGGCCACCACAGAGGAGGGCGUGGGCCCCAGAGGAGGGCGUGGGCCCCAGAGGAGGGCGUGGGCCACCACAGAGGAGGGCGUGGGCCACCACAGAGGAGGGCGUGGGCCCCAGAGGAGGGCGUGGGCCACCACAGAGGAGGGCGUGGGCCCUAG